AUGACUGGAGCUUCUCAACCUGCUAAUUUUUUUUAUAUCCGAUGUGAUAUUCCCGAGCUCAGAGGAGAUAACUAUAAGGUGUGGAAGGAAAGAAUUCUCCUCCAUCUAGGAUGGAUGGACAUAGAUUAUGCUAUUAGGAAAGCCGAACCACCUGCAAUUACAGAUGAAAGUACUCCAGCUGCAAUCGCACUAUAUGAGCGGUGGGAGAGAUCCAACCGGCUCAGUGUGAUGUUCAUUAAGACUAAGGUCACAUGUGGAAUACAUGGUUCUGUCGAUCAGCAUGAGAAUGUAUGUGAUUUGCUGAAAGCCAUUGACGAUCAGUUCGUCACUUCUGAAAAGGCUUUGGCAAACACAUUAAUUAUGAAAUUUUCCUCCUACCGACUCACCAGUGUGAAAGGUGUGCGUGAGCACAUAAUGAAAAUGCGUGACAUUUCAGCUCAACUUAAGUAA